AUGUCAGUGGUCUUUCCGCUUGCCUCCUUGAAACGGACCAGAAAAGAGAUUCCUGAUGGCUUCAUUGAUCCAGAACGUGUAAGACUCCUCGAAGACCUCCUUGUUCAUUAUACCAAAAGUCCAGUCUUCGAGAAACCCACUCUUGAACAACUCGUCCAUCCACUUCAUAUGGAAUCAGUCGAUGCAGCGUCAACCCAAUCAAAAGGCACUACGAUCAACAGCACCGACUCAUCAAAUGAAGAUGAAGACAACAGCAUUGAUCCUGUGUCUUCUACAACGGCCGACUCGACGAAUGUCUUGAAGACUCUGAUUCCGAAGUAA